CGCCGCUCCGCUGCAGAUGCCGGCUGCUCUCUCUCCACACUGAUCUGCGAUCACCGACGAUGGACAGGAUGGCCUCGCGCUAUAAAGCUUAAUCCCUCAGUCUGAUGGCUUUUCUGGAUACACCUGUCUGAUUUUGGAGCCAGAAGUAGGCUAUGCAGCCGUGUUGGCAGCUAAAGUGAUUUGCAACAGGCUGUGCCUGCUUGCAUACUUGCAACAUUUUUCUUUCUUUUUGUCGGUGCUCUGUGAGCCUCACAAUGUAUAAAUUAUGCAUUAUCAUCGGCAUGUGCUGUGCGUUGUUUCCAUGGUGCUCUGCAGCGCCAAAGAUCUUGGGUGCAGAUCCCAGGUCAGAAUUCGAGGCAGAGCAAAAGGAGGGUCUGCAGGAGGAGAUAGCUGGCCAGGAGAGCAUCCUGUCUAAGCUGCUGGGUGAUUAUGACAAAGUGAAAGCCCUCUCGGAAGGCGCUGACUGUCGGUGUAAAUGUGUUGUCAGACCCAUGAGCAGGAGCGCCUGCCGGCGUUUAGAAGAAGGGAGCGCCACCGCGCAGGACUUCUACACCGUGGAGACUAUCACAUCUGGACCAGAGUGCAAGUGCGCCUGCAUCGCUCCUCCGUCAGCAGUCAACCCGUGUGAGGGGGAAUACAGGCUGAAAAGACUUAGAGAGGCUGGGAAAGAGAAUGUCAAGCUUUCCACCAUCCUGGAGCUGCUGGAGGGCUCCUUCUAUGGGAUGGAUCUACUCAAGUUGCACUCCAUUACCAAUAAGCUAGUGGAUCGCAUGGACAACAUGGAAAAGGCCGUGUCUCUGAACCAUGUGGAUGAGGUGAAGCCCCAGGAAAGUCCUUCAAUCCAGACAAAAGCGACUGAAAGCCUUCCAACUGUUCCCUCGCCACAACAUCAAGACACGAGGAGACUCAGUGAGGAAAAGCAUGAGGAGCAGUUUAUUGGGGAAAAUCCGUCCUUUCUACAGACAGAUGGUUCUACUCAGAUCAUUGAGGUCAAACCUCUGGUAACCUCGAAGACCCCGGCUAACAAGGAGGCUGCUCAGGUGCUGAAGACCGGCCCCAACGGCAUGAUCAUCAGAGGAAUGACUUUUUAUAAAUCUGAGCCAGAUCCGAUGGUGGCGGAUGACGGGGAUCCCGGAGAGAACUUGUUUGAAUAUCAUGGAUUCAGUGGUGAUGGACCCGUUAACCUCUUCAUUGAGGAGAAUCUUCUUCAACACAGACCCCCGCGCCCAAAGACGAGAGCAGGACCACGAUCAUCUCGACCAAAGACAACAGGUCCUUCACAAGGUUCCAUAGAAACAAAACCAUCUAAUAAACCGAAAGGAACUGAGCCCACCUCAAAAAUGUAUGAGUUCCCCAGCGCCAUUGGAACCACAACAAGAGCCAUCACGUUUGGACCGACUACUACCACACAAAAAACCAAGACGGCAGACACUGCACCUCAAACAACUCAAAGAGUCACUCAGCAAACAAUCCCUUUGAUGACUGAACCUGGCAACAGUUCUUUAAGCACCACUGCCAAGGUAACAACCAAAAUUACAAUGAACCCAACACAACCGUCUCAAAUUACAACCACAAGAGAUACACUAACCAAAAAGGUGGGAACUUCUACCCUGGCGGUGAAAGACCAAAUCCUGACUUUACCUGGUAGCACUGCAGCUCAUUCAAGCACCCCAAACCCCACCACAGAGGCUUCAACUACCAGUACCACUUCCACUAUGACCAUUACAACUCGUGCUGCCCCAACUUUAGCAGCAACACACCCUACAAUAGCUUUAACACCGGCUACCACCACACAGGCUGCUACCACAACACCAGAAGAAGAAACUCAAUCCAUCUACUUUCCAGCCAUGACUACCACACAGAGACUGAUGACUUUGCCUCCCCCCACUACGCUGCCUUUCACCACACCUGGGACUACUUCUGCUUCAACAACCACUACCACCACUACCACCACAACCACCACUACAAGGCAGGCUGGUCCAGGCAGACAGAAAUACAAGAUUAGCUGGGAAGAGGAAGAGAGGGAGCAUGGAAACCCGGAAUCAGAAGAGCCAAUGCAAAGGCAGGAGGAAUCUCGCCCCAAACAACCUGGGGAGUGUAAGGACACUUUGGCGACCAUCUCCGAACCAGUAACUCACAACACCUUUGGCAGGAAUGAAGGAGCUUGGAUGAAGGAUCCAAAGUCGGAUAAUGACAAAAUAUAUGUCACUAACUUCUACUACGGGAAUAACCUGCUGGAGUUCCGCAACCUUGAGGUUUUCAAACAAGGACGUUUUUCCACAUCAUACAAGCUUCCUUACAACUGGAUCGGCACUGGCCAUGUGGUCUACAAUGGGGCUUUCUUCUACAACCGCGCCUUCUCCCGAGACAUCAUCAAGUUUGACCUGCGUCUGCGAUACGUGGCCGCCUGGACGAUGCUGCACGAUGCUCUGGUGGGAGAUACGUCGUCGCUGGGGGAGUGGCGCGGUCACUCAGAAGUCGACUUCGCCAUAGAUGAAAGCGGCCUGUGGAUCAUCUACCCGGCUCUGGACAAUGAGGGCUUCUUACACGAAGUGGUCGUUCUGAGUCGGCUGAACCCCUCGGACCUCAGCAUGCAGAGGGAGACCACCUGGAGGACCGGGCUCAGGAGAAACCACUACGGAAACUGCUUCAUCGUGUGCGGCGUCCUGUACGCUGUUGACAGCUACAACAUAAAGGACGCCAGACUGGAAUACGCCUUCGACACGCACACAAACACUCAGAUGACUCCCAGAAUGCCCUUCACCAACAACUACACCUACACCACGCAGAUUGACUACAAUCCAAAAGAGGGGGUUUUGUAUGCGUGGGACAAUGGACACCAGGUCACAUAUAACAUCAAGUUCGCCUUUGUAGACCCUUAAUACGGGGUCGAUGGUAGUUAUAUUAAAAAGUGAACUAUGGUUUGAAUGGAUUGUGGAUCAGUCCAGAUGGCCUUCAGGAUGGAGACAAAGGGGGGUCAAAUGUACAAAUAUACUUUCGUGUAUUUUGAGAAAAUUGUUUUGUUCCUAUUAAGAUUUGUUAACCCUAAGUCUGAUUCCUCAGUCAAUGCAUCUUGAUGUAAUGUAUAUACUGCAAUUCUGUAAAAAAGCCCAAUGAGCUAAACUAUGUAGAAAGGGUUCAGAACUAUUUUGUAUCUUGGGUCAAAUAACUCACAAACACAUACUCUUAACAAUUCCCCAUUUCAAUAAUUGUUUUUGUUUUAUACACAUUUUGUAUUCCUUUUCCUUUGCAUCAUAUGCCACAGAUCCUGUUUUAAUGAUACUAUCACAGGUUUUGCCGUUGACCUUUGUCUUGUGAAAGCACUUAUUCCCUUCUUGUGAGACUGUUGAGAGGAGACUGCAAUAAAAUGUGGAAAUACUUAAA